CAAAAAGAAAGUCCAGCUUUCCAUCUCUACCUCUCCACCUAAAUCAGACUUACUCUACUGCUCUUCUAACGUUACCCUUCUCUUUCUCUCUGCCGUCGCUCACCGUUCGCUCACGCACGCCUGCCCGCCCACUUACUUUAUUUGUCCUUGACGCUUGACGCUUCCACGCCACAGACAACGCGAUGAUGGCCUUGCAUUGUUCCAAGCUGGCGCUGUUCAUUACCCUCCUCGUCGCCCUGGCGGCGCCCUCCGCCGCCACCUCCGCCUCCCUGGUGGGCGUCAACUACGGGCGGGUGGCCGACAACCUGCCCCCUCCCGAGUCGGUCCCCCGCCUCCUCGCUUCCAUCGGCGUCGGUCGCGUCCGCCUCUACGACGCCGAGCCCGCCGUCCUCCACGCCUUCGCCAACACCGGCGUCGAGCUCGUCGUCGGCCUCCCUGACCGCUGCCUUCCCGCCGUGGCCACCGAUCAGGCUGAGGCACUCGAGUGGACCGGCGCCCACGUGCUGGCCUUCCUCCCUGCCGCCAAAAUCGUCGCCGUCACCGUCGGCAACGAGGUCCUUACCGGCGUCAACGCCGCCUCCCUGGCCCGCUGCCUCGUUCCGGCGAUGGAGAACCUCCACGAUGCCCUCGCUGCGCUCGGGCUCGACCGCGACGUCGCCGUUACCUCCGCUCACUCCCUUGCCAUCCUCGCCACGCCGUCUUUCCCGCCCUCCGGCGCCACAUUUCGGCCGGACAUCCUCCCUUACGUCCGCGACAUCCUCAACUUCCACGCCCGCACCGGCUCACCUCUCUUCGUCAACGCUUAUCCCUACUUCGCCUACGCUGAGGACCCUUCUCGCAUCGCGCUCGACUACGCCCUCCUCGACCCAGGGGCGGCUGGUUUCACCGACCCGGGGACCGGCCUGCGCUACACCAACCUACUGUACGCCCAGGUCGACGCCAUGUAUCAUGCCAUCGCGUCGGCAUCCAAGGGCGGCGGGGUGGAGGUGCGGGUGUCGGAGACGGGGUGGCCGUCCGCGGGCGACGCCAACGAGACGGGGGCGACAUCAGAGAACGCGGCGCAGUACAAUGGCAACCUGAUGCGACUCGUAGCGCAGCAGAAGGGCACGCCGCUGGUACCCGGGACGCCGCUCCGGGCCUACGUCUUCGCCCUCUUCAACGAGAACCAGAAGGCGGGACCGUCCUCGGAGCGCAACUUCGGCCUCUUCAAGCCAGACGGCACCCCGACGUACCAGCUCUCCGGCGUCCCAGUUCACCAGGACGGCAAUUCCACCGCCGCCUCGGGCGCGGGCCAGGGCACGACGGCGGGGCCGAGCGGGGAGUCCGGGUACUUCAGCAUUUCCGGCGCAUCGCCAGUAAGUUCACCUGAUCAUCCAUUUUUCUUGAUGUUGACUAAUUACCUCGAGCCGGAAUUACAUUUAACGAGGCUGGCACCAGAAUUGGCGGCGGUGAUCGCACUAGAAAUUGUGCUCUUGAGAAUACUUUGAGAGCUCGACACCAUCACUAAUGGAAAAGGGAGCUCGGAAGAUAUCUAAGAUGAGAGUAAAAAAAGAAAGAAGAUAAAGGCUGUAUGGUUAGUAAUUUGUAGUUGCCAUUACUUCUUCUAUCAGUAUACUGGUCGUUUGUGUUGGGAGAAUAGGAGAGAGGGAGAGAGAGAGAGAGGAGGCGUUGGUAAGUUGUGAGCUCCUCAAGCUGUGGCAUACCAUCAUCUUUUCCUCGCCGGUUGCAGUUUGCAUUGCUAACAUUUGGGGGGUGCUCGGCGAGUGGGAAGUGGAUGACGCGACGUCUCGGAACGACGUGCUUUUUUAAUGCCCCGUCCCCAACCACCUAGUGCUUCACGAACAUCAUUUUAAUGGGCUGCUCCGAUGGCUUGUACUGGGGCUGCUUUCAGAUUCAA